GGCGCGGCCGUGUGACAGGCGGGGCGGCUGCUGCCCCCGCCGGGCGGCCGGGGUGGGGAGCCGGCACAGCCCCGCUCCUGUCGGCAGCCUCGUCCGCUGUUGCGGGGCUGACACACGCCUCCAUCAUCUUCUCCUCCGGCAGCGAGAGAGGCCGGCGGGCGGAGCGGGGGGCGCCGCGGCAGACAAAGCAAAGAUGGCAGGGAUCCUCGCAUGGUUCUGGAACGAGCGGUUCUGGCUGCCGCACAACGUCACCUGGGCGGACCUGCAGAGCACGGAGGAAGCGUCUUUCCCGCAGGCGGAGGACCUCUACCUAGCCUUCCCCCUGGCCUUCUGCAUCUUCAUGAUCCGGCUGCUCUUCGAAAGGUUUGUUGCUAAACCAUGUGCCUUAGGCCUGAAAGUCCAAGCUAAUGGACCACAGAAAGCUCAACCUAAUGCUAUCCUGGAAAAGGUUUUCACAGCUAUUACAAAGCAUCCAGAUGAGAAGAGGCUGGAGGGCCUUUCCAAGCAGUUGGACUGGGAUGUACGCAGCAUUCAACGUUGGUUUCGACAAAGGCGCAACCAGGAAAAGCCCAGCACUCUGACAAAGUUCUGUGAGAGCAUGUGGAGAUUUACAUUUUACCUUUAUAUAUUUACCUAUGGAGUACGGUUCCUGAAAAAGACACCUUGGCUCUGGAAUACCAGACAGUGCUGGAAUGGCUAUCCAUAUCAGCCACUGAUGCCUGACCUUCAUUACUACUACAUAGUUGAAUUGUCGUUCUACUGGUCCUUAAUGUUUUCUCAGUUCAUUGACAUCAAAAGAAAGGAUUUUGGCAUCAUGUUUACACAUCACAUUGUAGCAGUCACCCUGAUAUCCUUCUCAUAUGUAACCAAUUUGACACGAGUGGGAACCUUGACCUUAUGUCUCCAUGAUGUGGCCGAUAUUAUCCUAGAGGCUGCCAAAAUGGCAAACUAUUGCAAGUGUCAAAAACUGAGUGACCUUCUGUUCCUUACAUUUGCCAUUGUCUUCAUUGUCAGUAGGCUUGGCAUAUAUCCCUUAUGGAUAUUAAACACUACGUUGUUUGAACUGUAUGAAGCUCUGGGCAGUUUUCCUGCCUUGUGGGUCUUCAACAUGCUGCUUAUCAUUCUUCAAAUUCUGCACUAUUUCUGGUCCUAUCUAAUCAUAAAAACAGCCUACAAAGCUAUUGCAAAGGGCAAGGUAGCAAAGGAUGACCGAAGUGACAUUGAGUCGAGCUCAGAUGAGGAAGAAACAGUACCUCGUUCAAAGACCCUCAACAGCACUGUCACCACUAAUGGGACCAGUGGUGCCAAUGGGACAAACGGGUAUCUCACUGGUGGCACUUGCUCAGAGGAGCAUUAAUGCUUGAGUUCAAUGGCGAGACAUGAACAGAAUUAACUGUUUGCUACCGGACGUAAAUUCUAGGUUGUGAAUGCAGUUCCUUCAUAUAUCUCAGCAUCAGAAAAAGUUAGGAGUGUCAAAGCAUUCUGAUUAGCACACUGCCAUAUUUCCUGUUUGUGAAUGAAGACAACACACUCUUCUGUAUAUGUAGGCAUGCUGUUUGUGUAUGUAACAGACACAAUGGGAGCAGUAUUUUCACUUGUACUGUCUUGGGAGUAUUAUUUAUUUUGUAUCCUUUGGGAACUUCUGGACAAAAGGGAAUAUCCAUUCUCCAGUUUUCUUGGGAUUCUCAGUGGUGGAGAGCAUCACACUCAGAUCUCUUCUGUCCAUCCCUGUUGCUUUUGCUGAGUCUGCUAUAAGUAAUAGUUGCUCGAUUUGUUACUCACAGUAUUAUAGAACAUAGCUUUAUAGAUUUUAAAUCUGCUUCAGAUAUUUUUGCUAUUAUUGUGUUUUAAAAUGCUGGUUUUGAAAUUGCCUAUCAAAUUACAGUGGCUGUUUCUCCAACAUAAAGUUUUUAAAAUACUGGGUUGAUAUUUUAAAUAGCAGAUGAUGUGAUCAAUCAGCAAUCUGGGGAGAUUGAAGGGAAAAAAAAAGAGCCUGUGGUAAUUGUGGGAUAUUAUUUAUAUUAUUUUAAUGUAAUUUAAAAUUCAAUUUGGUAUUUAAUUGCAUUAGAAUUAGACUUCAUUUAUUGUGCAAAUACCCAGAGCACUGAUGUCGAUUGCUAGGAUAAACUCAUUCUCACUUUCCUUUGCCUUGCAGUUUUUUGACCUCUACAGAGUUUAGCCUUCUGCAGAGGUUGAUGUUGAAAGAUGUUUGUUCAAGUGCACCAUUGUGAAUGCAGACCUCACUCCUGAAACUGUUCGUGCACAUUCAGAUGGAUGAGAACAGGAGUGUAAUAGAGAGAAGAAAAAUAAAAGCAGAUGAAAUGUC